CCAUUCGAAAUAUUUGUUAUAGAAAAAAAUCCUUCCGUUUGUUCGCCCGCCACUAAGAAGCGAAUGGCUAGCUAGUGUACUUUUUAACCUGCAGUUUUGUAUGUAAUGAGGUAGUAAGCAUAUUUUUGGGAGGAAGGUGUGAAGUAAUCAUCCCUGAGCAUGACGGCAGUAAUUCACGAGUUACUAUCCUCCGUUAUGGGGGUGUUAGUUGAAAGUGUCGUGUCGGAGUUGAGCAAACAUCUCUCUGACUUCACAACUGUCUUAUCUGAGGAGUGGAAGCGCAACAAGGGGACUGCAAUGAACAAAAACAGACUUAAACAGGCGAAUCAAGCCAAAACUAAGGAGUUUGCUGAUUUCAUGGAGCUGCUGAGUAAAGCCACAGUAGAGACAAUGGUUAAACUGAUUCAUGAUCGCAUCUCAGCUCAAGUACUGGACGCUACAGCAAAGUCUCAGCUCUCAAAACAAGAUAAGCUAAAUGAGAGUCAAGCAGCCACAUCUGAGCCUGAAAAUAAUGUACCUCUCGAGCCUGAACAGAACACGGAUUAUGAAAUGGAACCAGAAAAUCAUGAAACAUCUGUACAAGCAGCAAAUGCGUACCAUCAGCUGUCAUCUGCACCCACUGAUAUUCUGGCAAGCAGUUUAAGUUUGAGUGAAAGCCAGCCUUCCACAAGCACAAACGUUGCUGCUGAGGAGAGACAGGAGCCAUUAAUUUGUGAGUCCUGUGGAGUAUCUUUCAAUGACAUGGCUCUGUUAAACAUUCACAAUGCUUUACACAAAGACAGACCUUUCAAUUGUUUGACAUGUGGGAAUACUUUCAAAAUGAUGAAAUGCUUGAUGAAACACCAGAGAUUUCACACGACUCCGGAUUUGAGUAUUGAGUUCGAAGCCACUCUGAAUGAAGAAGAAUUCAUUGUGCAGCUUGAAACCUGUGAUACUGUCAGUACAUCCCUGGAAACACUAGAGGUCACUACACAAGAAAUUCUCCAAAGUAACUUGGACAACGAAGACGUAUCUUGUGCUGUUUUGGAAAGCAGUCAGUAUGCAACCGAAUCAUUUGUGCAUGGUUUAAAUAUUACCAUCGAAAACGCAGACAACCAGCCCAACACCACUCCUAACACGAAUAUGAUAAAGCAGUCGAAUGACGGUUUGUUCCGAUGCAAAACAUGCGGGAAAUGUUUUGAACUGAGGUGGAAGUUCAUUAACCACGUUCGGGCUCAUGUGAAACAUUACAAAUGUUCACAUUGCGAUAAGCGCUUUACUAUGAGAAGCUGCCUCAUCAGACACGCAGCGAUGCACACUGGAGCUCAGCUAUUCAAAUGCGAUAUAUGUUCCAAGUCUUUUGUAUUUCAGGCCUCCCUGGAAAAGCACAAGCGUCUUCAUACGGCAGAAAAGACGGUUACUUGUCCAAACUGUCAGAAGGUUUUUCCCGGCAAGCGUUCAUUCGGCAGACACAGAUGCAAAGCAGUCGAAACGCUCUACAACUGUCCCGUAUGCGACAAGCAGUUCAAAAUUAAACAAAACAUGCUUGACCAUCAAACACUGCACACCGGCGAGAAGCCCUACUGUUGCGAGAUAUGUGGCGCUUUUUAUAGCUGCGAGCGAUAUUUGAAAAAUCACCAGAAGAGUCACAUCGAGAAAACCUACGACUAUCCGUGCGAACUCUGCGACAAGCGGUUCAGCGCUCGCAAACAUUUGCAAGCGCAUAUGCUCGUGCACACGAGGGAAAAGCGAUACGCUUGCGACGUAUGCGAUAAGAAGUUCGCCACCUCUGGAAACCUCAACAGACACAAAGCCGGUCACACGGGAGUGAAGCUGUACGGCUGUCCGAUAUGUUUGAAAAGGUACACCACAGCGUACGCCCUGAAGAUGCACAUGCACAAACACACUUCAAGCAAACCGUUUCUUUGCGACAUUUGCGGUAAGGGAUUUACCAGUUCAGACUACAUGAAAAGGCACAAGCGAAUCAUUCACGCAGGAAGAAGGGAUUGUGUGUGUUCGAUCUGUAAUAAGGCCUUCAUAUUCCCCAGUUCUCUUAAUCAGCACAUGCUUGUACAUACAGGAGAGAAGCAUCACGAGCGACUGGUCAGUCCUUUGUUAAAGAAGUUCAGUUGCGAUCAUUGUCAAAAGAAGUUCUACUCACAAGCCGCCCUUACAGUACACCAGAGGGUUCACACGAAGGAAAAGCCGUAUAGUUGUGAGGUUUGUGGAAAGAGGUUUGGGUAUUCUAGCAGUAUUCAGAUGCACAUGAGAAUCCAUACGGGGGAGAGACCUUUUGGUUGUGAUGUUUGUGGUAAGACGUUCAAUCAAGCUGUGCAUCUGAGGACCCAUCAGCGAGUGCACACCGGUCUGAAAUCGUUCAGUUGUGAGAGCUGUGGGAAGAAGUUUGUGGAUCAUAGAAAUCUUAAACAACAUAAAUGUAAAUACACCAUGUAAAUUCUUACAUAUUUGCAAGACCAAAGGUUACACUGCAUCUUUUUUUUUCAGGGCCGUUUGAAAUUGUUUCGGUAAUACAUAGCAUUAUGUUUAUAGCUAAUGAUCUGUAGUCUUAUUUGGCAAGCUGAAUGAAAUAAGAGUGUAUGCUUCUGUAUUUUUAAUUGUGUAAACAAUUAUAUUUUCAAACCAAGACUGGGAAUCAAUGCUUGUGUGUGACGGCAAUAAAAACAUUGUGAAGAACCACUUCUGUCAUUUUUCCCCAUGAAAUAUAUCAGUAAAUUAUUUUCAUUGAAUUGUAAAUAGUCAUAUUUAAAAAGUAUUUUUUGGUGUCUGUGAUGUCCCAGAAUCAUGUGCGUGCUUUACAGACUGGU